GAGGAGGAGGGAGGAGGAGGAGGAGGAGACCCCUCCCCCGUCCCCAGGCUAAGCGUCGGCCGAGGGUGGGUGGUGGAAGCGGCGCCGUGGAGUCGGGAGGAGGAUGGGAGUUGAGACACUAUGAUGGAUAACCGUUUUGCCACUGCUCUGGUAAUCGCCUGCGUGCUUAGCCUUAUCUCCACCAUCUACCUGGCAGCCUCUAUUGGCACGGACUUUUGGUAUGAGUACCGCAACUCAUCACCACCCGAAAAUUACAGUGAAGUUAAGGCCACUUGGGAUGAUUUCACUGGUGAAGAUGAAAAGUCUUAUACAGAAGCUCUCUUUCGAUGGAACGGCACCAUUGGACUGUGGAGGAGAUGCAUCACGAUGGCUGAGAACUCUUACUGGUUCAACUCACCAACUGAGAUGGUCACAAGGUGUGUCAGUUUUUCCCUUUCGGAUCAGUUCAUGGAAAAAUAUAAGGAUCCUGGGAAUCACAAUAGUGGCAGUGAUCUGAACCGGACCUAUCUUUGGCGCUUGCAGUUCCUCCUGCCUUUUGUUAGCCUUGGGUUGAUGUGCUUUGGGGCUCUCAUUGGGGUCUGUGCCUGUGCCUGCCGCAGCCUCUACCCCGCCAUUGCCACCGGAGUCCUCCACUUUCUAGCGGGUUUGUGCACACUGGGUUCAGUUGGCUGCUAUGUAGCUGGAAUUGAGCUGCUCCACCAGAAGCUAACGCCUCCAGAAGAUGUGCAAGGCCAGUUUGGCUGGUCCUUCUGUCUGGCCUGUGUCUCAGCACCCCUGCAGUUCAUGGCUGCUGCCCUUUUCAUCUGGGCUGCGCGUACUAACAGGAAGGAGUUCACACUCUUGAAAGCAUACCGUGUGGCAUAAGGGAUAUUUUCAUUGCUUCCCAUGUCUGUGUCCCCCCCCCCCCAUUUUAAUACUUCUUUUUUGCCCCCUUACUCCCCUGGCUCUUCCUUUUUAUUUUAUUUUAAUUUUGUUCCACAAAAUGCAUGAAGUGAAAUGGCCUGAGGGUUUUUUAAAAUUGAAAGACCUUAGAGGCCAAUUACCAGGAAUAGCACUUUCUUGCCAGAGAUCUGCAGGGUUUUAACAUGUUUCUUAUCUGUUAGAUUUUUUAAAAAACUAUAAAUUUUGAUGACAUGUCUUUGUUAUUCCCAGCGCAGUACAUUUUUUCCACAUCUAAACCUGAUAUUCAAAAACAAUUAACAGGGUAGUGUAAGUAGGAGAAGAAAGAUUUUAAUGACACUAAUUUUGGCAGUACUGUAUGUGUGUUAUGACCCACUAGGAAAUAAACCAGUGCAACCUCUUUCAUAAA